AUGGUGACAACUACCAGUACCAUGUUUGUUAGUAGCACGACUGGUACUGGCACGACCAGCAGUACCUGCGGGUCUACAGUCGUCAUGCGUGGAGCUGGGUCAUCAGUCGAUGGCGAAGUGAACCCUACGGACUACUAUUUCCAGUCGACAGUGUCCAACCCGUUGUCAUCUACUACAUCUGACGGCAACGGCGAGCUCCUGACGCCCCGUAUGGAUCAGAAGACCAUGAAGCAGCUUCGCACUGGUGGUCAUAAUAAUUUAAACAGCUCUACGGUCUCGGCUACAGAUGACGUAUCCUUUAAAACCCUCAUUCGCAAGCGAUCGACUCGUAUGAUGUCGAAGGCAAGACAUAAUGGGGACACAAAUAUGCAGCCUCCUCUGAAAGAGAUUGCUACAGGAGAGUACGUUUUGUUCCCAGAAGAGAUGCAACCUGUAUCGCUGCCACCCCGUCCACAGCAGAGGUCGAUUAUGUCACAAAAUCGAAGACGGUCGCGAGGUCCGAGCAAGAAAAGUGUCAAGAUGACAACUAUUCGUCAGUUAAACAAGGAAGAGCCUGGUGUCUCGUUUCAAUUCUAUGGCCGUAGUGGUGUGCCACCAGCACCAGUUUCUACCCUGUCGUCGGACGUCAGAAGCAGUUGCAGCACGAAUGACUCGUUCAUGAAUGGCACUCGCUCAAUUUCAUCCACGCGUGUCUCGCAGUUUUCUGAUCGUGUGAGUCUCGAGACAAACCUGGGAUCGCUGAACCCACAGUCAAAUCUCGCAAACGCGGGACAUUUCAUUGAUGGUGGCUUUACCCCUAGUAUUCAAGAAGAUGAGGAAGCCCAAGCGUUGGAGACACUUAGCGGCUGGCUACAAGCAUCGUCCGUGUCGACACAAGACUCGUUUAUGUGGUCGCGUUAA